CCCACCAUGAUGGAAGGUGCUUACUAAAUAUUGUUAACAAAAACUAGACUAGAUUAGCUGCAGCAGUUGUUUUAUUACAUGCGAAAAGGGUGAGGGACAACUUGAUAUAUUUUGAGAUUUAGCGGCAAUUCUGUUAUCAUUGACCAUAAUUUGUUGUUCUAUUUAUUAAUCUUUCUUUAGCGAGGGGAAUCAAUCAUCACCGUAUCGUGAAUUUUACUAGACGAAUUGGUCUGUGCGGUUCUGUUUCGUGCCAGACGUUGUUGACUGGUUGGUAGAAGUAUCGUGAGAAGAGAAAUAGCUUCUUCCUUCUUCCAGGCCCAUCUCCAACGGAGAAGCUACUUCUCUUCCCUUCCUGCAUCUCCACCCGGAACCGACGAUUUCCCAUGAUCCUCGAGCUUCGCGCGAUCGAGCAGCCGCCAUGGAAGAAGAAACCCAGCACAAAAGCAAUAAAAACACCCAACAACUCACUUCCUCGUUUCUCCACUCGCUCAGAGGAGCCGCCAGGGAUCUGCGUAUCAACAACCCAAUCUUCUCCCUCUCCGUCACCGACAUCCAGCCCGCCGCCAUAGCAACGAUCUUGAAGCUAGAAACAGAAUCCGGCGCCACUACCCUUCUCUCUGGCGACCCAAAUCUCUUCAAAGUCUCUCAAUUCUUGACCGACCUCAAAACCCUUCACCGGGAUCUCGAGAAAUCGGGAGGGUACAGCUUGCGAUCCAUCCUCCGCCGCCGAAUCGCCGCUUACAGAAUCUACCAGCUCGCCAUCAAGAUUGAGGCUGAGAUUCGGGUGUAUUUCGAUCGGGAGCUGAUACAGAAGCUUGUGAAGACUCUCCAGUUACCGGAGGGCGAGAAGGAAGAGGAUGAGAAAAUUAGGGUAUUGGAGGAGUUCGAGGAGCGAUUGAGUUCUGGAUUCGAUCGGGAGUUCCAGGAAUUGGUCCUGAAAGCGAAGCUCUUCUCGAUCCUCGAAUCGCUACUGUGCAAAUCGCAUCGGCGGCCGACGACGAGAGUCAAGGAACACGUGGCUCGCGCCAUCGUCGGGUUGGUCCGAUUCAACAAGGACGUGUUCGUCGGACUCGUUCUAAUGGGCUCCACGGUUCCCGCUCUGGUAUCGCUGGCCACCAGGUGUUCGAUACAAGUCCUGACUGAGCUCGUGUCGCUAAUCCGGACCCCCUUGAUCGACGAAAUGGAGCUGGACGGGCAGAUCCCCAGAGUCGUCGCUUUACUCGGGUCGAACUCGGAGAAUGGCGAUGACGAUCGUCUGUUGCCGAUCAAAACGGCGGCGUUCUAUUGCGUGUGCGAGAUAGCGUACCACGGGAGGAAGGAAGUGAUCGAGGCGAUGCUGGAACAGGGAUUGAUAAAGAAGCUCGUGGAGCUGCAGAGGUCGAGACACGGUGACAACUUCGUGGAGGCGGAGGGCACCGGCGCCGGAGAUCGGCCGUUCGGGAGCUGCGUGGCGAAGUUUGCGGUGCAGGUGGAGGUGGGGGAAGGGUUGAGUGGGGGGGAGAGGAAAGAGCUGAAGAGGGAAAUGGUGGAGAGAGUGAGGGAUGCCUGUGUAUCUGAAGCUGAAGCUGCCUCUAUUUUAGCAGAGGUGCUUUGGGGUUCCACGCCGUGAAAUCAUUCAGGCGACUUUUUUGCUUUUUGUACAGAUAACAGAGUUUUCCGUCCGCCGUUUGUCCACUCGUUGCCGAUGGGGAAGAUGAUGAGAUCUUGGUGAAUCGGGGAAAAGCUAGUGCCUAGUAGGUUAUUUCCAGAAUAAUGCUGAACAGAAUUCCACGGUAAACUGAUUAUAAAAAAAAAAAUCCACAGUAAACAAAGAGCCCAAUCAAUUGAACAUGAGGAU